CUCACUCCCCCGGUCGGAACAGCGUGCCGACCACCGCUUGGCAACGAGGACAUGAUGUCAUUGGGUGGAUGCAAGAGCCUCAAGUGGGCCGCUGGCACGAGUCCCCCAACGGGCAAGUCCGCCUGAGACGUUUCCCGUCGACGCGCUGGCCUCGCGGUUCAUCUCGACAAGGCAGCGCCCAUCUUAAUUCCCUCAGGACACUUUUCGAGGCAUCUAAUAAAUCCCGCAGUUGAGAGCGGCAUUUUGACAAUCUCGACCGGGGCCGUGUUUCAGAUAGCAAACCUUCCCUGUCGUUCUAAAUAAAGCAGUCUGUGAGUUCGGUUCUCUCCAGAAUUGACUGUCGCCUGAACCAGCGACCGGGGUGGAUUCAGCACUAGCAAAUACUAAGCAUGAUAAGGACAUUCCCUCCACAUACCUAUCACCAAGCAACACACCAUGGCUGUGCCUCGCUGUGCCGUGGAUGCGCGCGCCCGAACGAAG